AUGGUGAGGCGGAUGGCUCUAAUGAGGGAGACGACGAAGAGGAGCCUGAAAGCGAGGAUAAAUAGCGGGGCGGAUUUAGUAGAUGAGGAUGGAAAUAAGGGUUUAGAGGAUGGAAACAAGGAUGGAAACAUCGAGGAGGAAUCAGUAGAUGUCGAAGAAGAGAAAGGGCAGGAAGAGGAAAUCGAGGCUACCGAGGCAAUCAAGACAAGUAGGAUGUUCUUCUAUGAAUUGGAGUACAAGAAACAGAUAAAGCUAGGUACAAGGUGUAUGAUAGUUGACGUUAUCGAGAUGCUUUUGUCUCUGGAUUCGCCGGCAAGUGAUGCGGAGAGGAGGUGGUUUGAGGAGCAUCCACAAUUCUGUCACUUGUUCCACAAGAAACUGGAUGCAGAUGCACAAGAAAAUUUUAAGAAGAACAAGAAGAGGAGCUCGAACCACAAGGUUCAUGGAAUGUGGAUGUUGUUACUGCAUACUGUCGAUGUCUCGAAGAGGAGAGAAGUGUGGUUCAUUGUCAAUGGUGUUCCCAUCCGUUAUGGGCUGAGGGAACACACAUUGAUACCAGGCCUAAACUGCCGCAACUAUCCUCUCGGUUACAAGGAGUUUGGUAAUAAGAAUUUUGUGAAGCGUCAUUUCAAGGGGGGAGAAUUAAUAAGGUUGGAGGAUGUGAAAGCAAAGCUGUUGGGAAUGAGAGCUCAUAAAGACAGGCUGAAGAUGAUGGUUCUCUUCUUUUUAGGAAGUGUUGUUUGCGCGCAAACGAAAGUUGGUGAAGGAGCCCAUGAUGUAUUGGAUUUUUUUCAAAGAGCGGUGGAUGAUCUUGGAUACUGCAAGACGUUUCCAUGGGGGAGGUACUCCUUUGAUUAUAUGGUUAAGGAGAUCUCUCACACAAUGGAUCAUUUUGGAGGAUUUGUGAAAGAGAAGACGUUAUGGCCACUUCAAGGUUUCUGUCUUCCACUAGAGCUUCUUGCUUUCGAGGCAAUUCCUCAGCUGGGAAAGAGGUUUAGACAACCGGUUGAAGGAGCUAAUCCAGAGUGUCUGAGGAUGUGCCAGUCCACGUUCAAAAAGACAGAAAUGAAAGGGUUUCCUCUUGCAAAUGUUAAUCAAGAACUAGAUAGGGUAAAGCCGCAUGAUAUUGACAGCAUCCUUCCUACCAGGAAUGAAGAAGAAAAAGUUCUUUUGGAUGCUCUCACGGAAGAGGAUGACGAUGCUGAUGAGCCUGGUAUUGCUGUGGACAGCUGGGUUAAGCGUAUUAACGAAAGAUAUUCUGUCUUUUUUGAAGACAUGUAUGAAGAUGACAUCGAAGCUCGAAAAAAAAAUGCAGAACAUGUAGUCCUUAAAGACAUUGCGCCAGUGGAAGAAGUGGCAGAACAGAAGAAGAUGUUGGAGGAUUUGAUCAAGAAAGUGGAAAGUCUUGGAAAUCAGCUAGAGAGCGUGUUGAAGACACUGGACAAGUUUGAGGAAAGAUUGGGCCCGCUUGAGUUGUUUGGGAAGGAAGCACAUAAGGGAUUGAAGAAGGGAUCGAAGAAGAAGUGA